GACUCCCGAGGCGGCCCGGCGGCGGCUCCCGGGAGCGGGAGGCUCGGGGCGAGCGCGGCGCGAGGAGGGCGGCGGGUCCUCGGGGGCUCUCGCGUGGGCCGAGCGGCGCGCUGCCGGGGCAUGGCGGGCUCCCUGCCUCCCUGCGUGGUGGACUGCGGCACCGGGUAUACCAAGCUUGGCUACGCAGGCAACACUGAGCCCCAGUUCAUUGUUCCUUCAUGUAUUGCCAUCAGAGAGUCGGCAAAGGUAGUUGACCAAGCACAAAGGAAGGUGUUGAGGGGCGUGGAUGACCUGGACUUUUUCAUUGGGGAUGAAGCCAUCGAUAAACCCACAUACGCCACCAAGUGGCCAAUAAGACACGGAAUAAUCGAAGACUGGGAUCUUAUGGAAAGGUUCAUGGAACAUGUGAUUUUUAAAUAUCUUCGAGCUGAACCUGAGGAUCAUUAUUUCCUAAUGACAGAACCUCCGCUGAACACACCAGAAAAUAGAGAAUAUCUUGCAGAAAUUAUGUUUGAAUCUUUUAAUGUACCAGGACUCUACAUUGCAGUUCAGGCAGUGCUGGCCUUGGCAGCGUCGUGGACGUCUCGGCAGGUCGGCGAGCGCACGCUGACAGGCAUCAUCAUCGACAGCGGGGACGGGGUCACCCACGCCAUCCCAGUGGCGGAAGGUUAUGUAAUCGGAAGCUGCAUCAAACACAUCCCGAUUGCAGGUAGAGAUAUUACGUAUUUCAUUCAACAGCUGCUAAGGGAGAGGGAGGUGGGAAUCCCUCCUGAGCAGUCACUGGAGACCGCAAAAGCCAUUAAGGAGAAAUACUGUUACAUUUGCCCUGACAUCGUCAAGGAAUUUGCCAAGUACGACCUGGACCCCGGGAAGUGGAUCAAGCAGUACACAGGCAUCAAUGCCAUCAACCAGAAGAAGUUCGUGGUGGAUGUGGGCUACGAACGGUUCCUGGGCCCCGAGAUUUUCUUCCACCCCGAGUUUGCCAACCCAGACUUCAUGGAGUCCAUCUCGGACGUUGUUGACGAAGUGAUACAGAACUGUCCCAUCGAUGUGCGCCGUCCGCUGUACAAGAAGCCAAGAAGUAGUGAAGAAAGAGAAAGAAAACUCCAGAAGCCAAUGGAAGGUUGUUGGCAGCCCCGUCUGGCGAUGCGAGAGGUCACGCAGGGGAGGUCGAGACCUGGCCGUGGCUGUCGGGUGAGGAGCCAGGCCGCUUGGAGGCAGCCGAGACUCACCCGUCUCUAGGACUUGGCACCACGUCCUAGAACGGCUGCUCUGGCUUUGCUGAGUCCCAGUCUUCAGGUUCAGUUCCAGAGCAGGAAAGCCUUGUCCCUAAAGAGAGACAGCCUUUCACAGCACGAUAAGGGGCAGCUGCCAGGAGCGUCGGGCGAGCUGUCUUCUUCCCGGGUAGUGUUUGGUCUGCUGGUCAGGGGGAGCCUGCUCCGUGGGCAGGGGACGUGGUUUCUGCAGUGAGCGCAGGGAUUCGUUAGUGGCGCCAGGAGGUCAGUGGGGGGCCCUGCGUGUCUGUCAAGUGGGUUCAGGUGGAGCCUCCAGCAGGUGCACCAGCCGCACAGCAUGGGGUUCAGGUGGAGCCUCCAGCAGGUGCACCAGCCGCACAGCAUGGGGUUCAGGUGGAGCCUCCAGCAGGUGCACCAGCCGCACAGCAUGGGGUUCA